AUGUCUGCUCGAUCCCCGACAGAUACAAUAAUUCUUACGGGACUUCUGUUAGAAUUUAUUAAAGAACCAACACCAUUGUUACAUUAUUUAUCCCAAUCUAAACGAGAGAUUGAACUUAUAGCACUUCCAAAAUUCCAUAGAAUCCUACUUGUAUGUUCAUCUCGUGAGGAUUCAAAGUCAACUUUUGAAGAUCUUGCAAAUCUAUCUACACAAGACUCGGACUUGUAUGGAAACUUAUCGAUAUCGUAUAGUAUAAAGGACAAUGAUUUAUUGAAAAAUGCCAAUAAUAUUACUUCAAAUAUACCAGUGGAAUAUUUAGAAUUACCCCUGGAACAUGAAAGUAGACGGUUUCUUAUAUCACCGCCUCUUUCCCCUCCAGCAGAAUGGGAUCAUUGGCAUAAAACAGAAGAUGGUCCCAAUAAACAGUCUAUUCCUUCUCCACAGGAACUCUCACAUCUCUUAUGGGAAAGACUUGGUGGGUUUGAUAGUGAUCAUGUGCGUAAAUAUUCUCUGGAACAGUCAGAAUCCCCUGAUAUUAUCCAUAAUGUGGCAAAUCAACCAGAAAUUCUUUUCCAAAAUAUUGAUAAUGGAGUUCCAGCAAUAGUUUUGGAUUCAGCUAAUGAAAAUCAGACAAAUAAAUCCAAUAAUCUGAAGUCUGCUCCAAAAUUGGCCAAAACAGCAAUGCCGCCAGUAUAUGAAGAUAUGUAG